GAGGAACACUUCUCCUUCAACCAUGCAGGCCCUCCCCAAGCUGAUGGAGACCUUUGUGAAGGAGAUUAAAGACAACAGCAAUGUCGUUGUCAUCAGCGGCCUGGUUUUUGCCUACCAAGCAAUAAAGGGUGAAUUUCCCUGCACCUGUGAACCACAGGAGAAGCUCUGCUAUGGUUACAUGGUAUUUCCAGUUUUAAUUCUGGUUGCCUUAAUGCUGCUAACAGAUGCACACUUCCAGAGAUCAUUGAGGUACUCGUGCGUGAUCUUUUCAUGUGACCUCUGUUGGGUUCUGACCCGUGGCUUAUCAAAGGCUCUCUGUGUUGGAGGGGUGUGGGUCGCCACGGUGCUGAUCAAUGCUGAUUGGUAUGUUUGCUGCAACAACCAGAAUGACCGAACGGUGGCAGCAACGCAAUGUAAAGAAAAGAAGGAUAUCAUGCCUGGAGGUGAACCUGUGGUGACUAUCCUGGAGAUGAAAGACAAUUCAAAGUUCUACGGCUUAUUACUGCUCUUGUUGCUCACUUUCUUCGGCUUCACGCUGCCGUUCUGGCGAACCUGCUGUCCCAAAUCAUGUCUAGGAUGUAAAGGUUGCAGUAGAGAAGUGGACAUAUACGAGCUGAUUCUGGAAGUGGGGGAAGCUAUGGUGGCAGAGAAUCAGAAAAAGAAACUAAGUGAAAAGUUAUCUUUGAAGAUGGAAGAGGCUUCAGGGGACUGGGUGGAUUACCUGGAAGUUGCUGAACAAUUAAUUGACCCUCGGACACAGGAGGGACAGGAGGGACAAGGAGGACAGGGAGGACCGCAGGGACCAGAUGGACAAGUAGGACCGCAGGGACCAGAUGGACAAGUAGGACCGCAGGGACCAGAUGGACAAGGAGGACCGCAGGGACCAGAUGGACAGGGAGGACUGGAGAGACAAGAGCUACUGGAGAUGAAGAACCUCCGACAAUCAAAAUGAACCUUCUCCGGUCUGCAUAAACCUUCCUGUGUCUUUGCUCACGUUCAGUCCAACCCACCUUUGUUAUUAUCCACCUGUGCUUAACAGCUGGAACACAGAUAAACAUUAGAUCAAAGCACAUGAGAACACAGCAAAUUAAAUAAAAACACAGGUAAACAUUAGAUCGAAGCACAUGAGAACACAGCAAAUUAAAUAAAAACACAGGUAAACAUUAGAUCAAAGCUCAUGAGAACACAGCAAACUAAAUAAAAACACAGGUAAACAUUAGAUCAAAGCACAUGAGAACGCAGCAAACUAAAUAAAAACAGGUAAACAUUAGAUCAAAGCUCAUGAGAACACAGCAAACUAAAUAAAAAGAGGUGAACAUUAGAUCAAAGCACAUGAGAACACAGCAAACUAAAUAAACACAGGUAAACAUUAGAUCAAAGCUCAUGAGAACACAGCAAACUAAAUAAAAACACAGGUAAACAUUAGAUCAAAGCUCAUAAGAACACAGCAAACUAAAUAAACACAGGUAAACAUUAGAUCAAAGCUCAUGAGAACACAGCAAACUAAAUAAAAACAGGUAAACAAUAGAUCGGAGCACAUGAGAACACAGCAAACUAAAUAAAAACAGGUAAACAUUAGAUCAAAGCUCAUGAGAACACAGCAAACUAAAUAAAAACAGGUAAACAAUAGAUCAAAGCUCAUGAGAACACAGCAAACUAAAUAAAAACAGGUAAACAUUAGAUCAAAGCUCAUGAGAACACAGCAAACUAAAUAAAAACAGGUAAACAAUAGAUCGGAGCACAUGAGAACACAGCAAACUAAAUAAAAACAGGUAAACAUUAGAUCAAAGCUCAUGAGAACACAGCAAACUAAAUAAAAACAGGUGAACAAUAGAUCAAAGCACAUGAGAACACAGCAAAUUAAAUAAAAACCGAGGUAAACAUUAGAUCAAAGCUCAUGAGAACAUAGCAAACUAAAUAGAAACAGGGAAACAUUAGAUCAAAGCUCAUGAGAACACAGCAAACUAAAUAAAAACAGGUAAACAAUAGAUCGAAGCACAUGAGAACACAGCAAAUUAAAUAAAAACACAGGUAAACAUUAGAUCAAAGCUCAUGAGAACAUAGCAAACUAAAUAAAAACAGGUGAACAAUAGAUCAAAGCACAUGAGAACACAGCAAAUUAAAUAAAAACACAGGUAAACAUUAGAUCAAAGCUCAUGAGAACAUAGCAAACUAAAUAGAAACAGGUAAACAUUAGAUCAAAGCUCAUGAGAACACAGCAAACUAAAUAAACACAGGUAAACAUUAGAUCAAAGCUCAUGAGAACACAGCAAACUAAAUAAAAACACAGGUAAACAUUAGAUCAAAGCUCAUGAGAACACAGCAAACUAAAUAAAAACAGGUAAACAAUAGAUCAAAGCACAUGAGAACACAGCAAACUAAAUAAAAACACAGAUAAACAUUAGAUCAAAGCACAUGAGAACACAGCAAACUAAAUAAAAACAGGUAAACAAUAGAUCAAAGCUCAUGAGAACACAGCAAACUAAAUAAACACAGGUAAACAUUAGAUCAAAGCUCAUGAGAACACAGCAAACUAAAUAAAAACAGGUAAACAAUAGAUCAAAGCUCAUGAGAACACAGCAAACUAAAUAAAAACACAGAUAAACAUUAGAUCAAAGCACAUGAGAACACAGCAAACUAAAUAAACACAGGUAAACAUUAGAUCAAAGCUCAUGAGAACACAGCAAACUAAAUAAAAACAGGUAAACAUUAGAUCAAAGCUCAUGAGAACACAGCAAACUAAAUAAAAACAGGUAAACAUUAGAUCAAAGCUCAUGAGAACACAGCAAACUAAAUAAAAACAGGUAAACAUUAGAUCAAAGCUCAUGAGAACACAGCAAACUAAAUAAACACAGGUAAACAUUAGAUCAAAGCUCAUGAGAACAUAGCAAACUAAAUAAAAACACAGAUAAACAUUAGAUCAAAGCUCAUGAGAACACAGCAUGACGUGUGAUCUGUUUGUCUCUGGUGUUGAUCAUGUUAGUGAAAGUUAAUAACUAUUGUCAUGGGGGUCCGGACCAAUCAGAAUCAAGCAUCCCACACAGCUGGGUGAUAAUGGUCUUUAAAUGCAUGUAUGUUCGUUCUGACGGGUGUAUCGUCUGCAUAGAGGAGGUAAAAAACAUCCUGUUUAAAACCAAACACAGAUAUAUUGGUGUUGUAGUUUCCUCUCAGCAGAAAUACAACAUGAACUUUAAGUUUUGUGUUCACAUUUUAUUUCCUUUUUUUUGUAAUGAAUGAAAAAUGAUGGUCAGAAGUCAUUGCUCCUGUGUUUGGACACUUCCUCAAGUUUCUUGUACUUUUCUGAAAACUUUGUGCUGUAUGAUGAAGAUGAUGAAGAUGAAGAAUCAUUUGUAAACGUGUUAUUAUGACCUUUAUACGUUACCUUGCUUCGUGUUGUUUCACCGCUCUGUGAUUAUUUUUUAAUGUCUUCAAAUAAAUCUAACUGAAACAGGAA